AUGGACAUGAUUGGACCUAUAGAGCCUGCCGCAUCAAAUGGACAUCAUUGCAUCUUGAUAGCUAUCGAUUAUUUCACCAAAUGGGUCGAGGUAUCUACUAAUAAUUCCGUCACAAAGAAGGUAGUGGCAUAUUUUGUCCGGAAAAACAUCGCCUACAGAUUUGGAAUACCAGAAUCCAUCAUCACGUACAAUGCCGCUAACCUCAACAGCGACCUCAUGAGAGAAAUCUGCGAGAAGUUCAUAAUCGUCCACCGCAAUUCCACAGGCUACAAACCACAAAUGAAUGGGGUAGCUAAGGUAGCCAACAAGAAUAUCAAGAGAAAUAUACGAAAGAUAGUAGACAAUGACAGGCAAUGGCACGAGAAACUAUCUUUCACCUUAUUGGAUAAUAGGAGCACCAUGAGGACAUCCACUAGGGAUGUGCAGACCCCUUAUAAACGGAAUCACACUAGCCAAGAAGAUCUUGACAGCUGGAUACUUUUGGAUGACUAUGACAAGCGACAGUAUUUGUUACGUGCAGAAGUGUCACCAGUGCCAGAUUCACGGGGAUUUCAUCUGGUUUCCGCCGAAUGA